GACCCUUUCCUGCCACCUGUUUCUACAUAUACCCGAUCCACACCAACUUCAGUUUUACGUCUCGCUUUCGGUUUCUUAUCAUCACUCUUUCUUUCCUUCCUUCCUUCUAGAUCAAAUCUCAAUUCUCUCCUAGAUCCAAAUCCCACUAUUACAUUGCUGAUCUACAAUGGCCGCUGCUGAUACCGAGAAACUAAACAAUCUUCGAUCUGCUGUUUCUGGUCUCACUCAGAUCAGUGAUAACGAGAAAUCUGGAUUUAUCAACCUUGUCUCCCGCUAUCUAAGUGGCGAAGCACAGCAUGUUGAAUGGAGUAAGAUCCAAACGCCAACCGACAAGAUCGUUGUGCCCUAUGAUACCCUGUCAGCUGUUCCAGAAGAUGUUGCUCAAACCAAGAGUCUGUUGGAUAAACUUGUGGUGCUAAAGCUUAAUGGUGGCUUGGGGACUACAAUGGGAUGCACUGGUCCAAAAUCUGUGAUAGAAGUCAGAAAUGGAUUAACUUUCUUAGACUUAAUUGUCAUCCAAAUUGAGUCACUCAAUAAGAAAUACGGGUGUAAUGUACCUUUGCUUCUAAUGAACUCUUUCAACACACAUGAUGAUACCCAAAAGAUUGUGGAAAAAUAUUCUGGCUCAAAAAUCGAGAUUCAUACAUUCAACCAGAGUCAAUAUCCUCGAUUGGUUACUGAAGACUUUCUUCCAUUGUCAUCCAAAGGAGUAUCUGGCAAGGAUGGAUGGUACCCCCCAGGCCAUGGUGAUGUUUUCCCAUCAUUAAUGAACAGUGGGAAACUUGAAGCACUAUUGUCACAGGGCAAGGAAUACGUGUUUGUUGCCAACUCUGAUAACUUAGGAGCUGUAGUUGAUUUGAAAAUCCUAAAUCACUUGGUCCAGAACAAGAACGAGUACUGCAUGGAGGUAACACCAAAAACAUUGGCUGAUGUGAAAGGUGGUACUUUAAUUUCUUAUGAUGGGAAAGUGCAGCUUCUGGAAAUUGCACAAGUUCCUGAUGAGCAUGUGAAUGAGUUCAAAUCAAUUGAGAAGUUCAAAAUCUUUAACACCAACAACUUGUGGGUGAACUUGAAUGCUAUUAAAAGACUUGUACAAGCAGAUGCACUUAAGAUGGAGAUUAUUCCAAAUCCAAAGGAAGUCGAAGGAAUUAAAGUUCUUCAGCUAGAAACAGCAGCUGGUGCUGCAAUCAAGUUUUUCGAUAACGCGAUUGGAAUCAAUGUUCCCCGCUCUCGAUUCCUUCCAGUGAAAGCAAGUUCAGAUCUGCUCCUUGUUCAGUCUGAUCUUUACACGGAAAAAGAUGGGUAUGUGGUCCGUAAUCCAGCUAGGACAGAUCCAGCAAACCCUUCAAUUGAACUGGGUCCUGAAUUUAAGAAGGUUGGAGAUUUCUUGAAGCGAUUCAAGUCCAUCCCCAGUAUUAUCGAGCUGGAUAGCUUGAAGGUUUCUGGUGACGUGUGGUUUGGAUCUUCAGUUGUUCUCAAGGGUAAAGUUGUCAUUGCUGCAAAGUCCGGAGACAAGUUGGAAAUCCCUGAUAAAGCCCUAAUUCAAAACAAGGAAGUCCAUGUUGCUGGUGAUAUCUAAACAAUUUAGGUUUUGGUGGGAGAGGUUUACAUUACUUGGGUUUUGUUUUCCCUUUUGGUAAUAAUAAUAAUUUGUUUAAUAUGUGUUUUUGUUGUUAGUAGAAUAAAUCAAGAAUUUCUAUUUUUAUCACACAUCACAUUCACUUUCACAUGCGGCCUUUUCUUUAUAUAUAUAUAUUAAAAAAAAAAGAAGAAAAAAAUAUUUGUGCUUGGAGUUUAA